CUGUCGAAAGCCGGCGGGCGGUCCGGCCAGAUAAUUCGCGAGGGAGCAAACGAGAGCCGCGGCUCGUCAGUUGACGAAUGAGCGCGGCGCGCGCGGUGAGCCAGAUAGCGUGCAAGGGAAAGUGUCCGCGCAAAAAUAGAAGAGCAAGUGUCGCUAACGCGCUUUCAGUGUAAAACCCGAGCGUCCGUUUAAAUGCAAGCGUGGGCCGAUUAAUCGCACCGCGAUUGCUUUUACUUCUAGCGUGCCGCGGCGUGUAUCCCGCAGUCUACCAGUAACCGUGCGAUCGACCGUGCCGAUCGCGGACAGAGCCCGCCGCUGCGGAUCGAAAGUAGAUCACCGAAUAUCUCUGCCCGUCUCAGCCGAACCGCGAACCGCUCGCAGGGGUGUCCGCGCCGAUCUCCCGCGAGGACAGAGAGAGGGACCGAUCCGUCAGCCCGACUGUCGCCGGACAGACCCGUCGCUUUCGUUCUAGUAGAAUAGCUGUUGGCCGAGUAGACCGAUUCGGUAGAAGCUCGAGAACCUCGACCUUCCUUCGCUUCUCCGGUGAGUCGCAAGCGGGACGACAUUUUGCAUCAUCCAACCCCGGGGUGAAAAGCUGGAGAACGCAAGGCCGACCGCCGCGAGCCGAUCCUCGAUCCUACCGAACGACUGAUCCAGCGACCGAUCGCGGAUCCGUGGACUGGCAUCUCUCCCCCACUAUCCACCGGAAGUGCAACCGGCCAAUCCGCGGAACGAGCUGUCCAGGGAUCGUCAUUGUUUAUUGCGAGUCCUAUAAAAGCGGGAAUCGGCAGACAUGUCGGCGAGAAUCAAUCCGAUCCGUUGGACCAGUCUGGCCUGCAACAGGCUACCGGCCGUUAGGCGAUUUUCUGUCCUCGCUGGACCACCACCGGGAAUCGGCGCCAGAGCCAGCUACCUUCGGAUCCUGAAUCUGACCGAUCCUCCGAAGACCGGCCAGCAAACCGCACGAUUCGCGAAACUGAGCCAUCGCAUCGGCACCAUGAGCGGAAGCGUUAAAGUACCGCGCGCGGCUGGCGUUUGCUACCCGCAGGUUUCGAGGUUGCUGGUGACUCACGCGGCAAAGAGCCCGGCGGUGAGCAACAAUUACGAGUACAUCGAGAAGACACCGUUGUCGAACACCCUCGCCGAGUCUCUUGCUCCGAAAAUUCGCUCCUACGUCGAGGAAUGCGCGAUCCUGUGCAACCCUAAGGACAUCUACGUCUGCGACGGCAGCGAGGCUGAGUACAGUCAUCUGCUGCAAUUGUUGGAGAAGAGCGGCACCAUCUCACCGCUGCCGAAAUACGAAAACUGCUGGCUGGCGAGGACGAACCCAGCGGACGUGGCUAGAGUAGAGAAACGCACGUUCAUCAGCACGGAAACGAAGCGCGAGACCGUUCCCACCCCUCGCGAUGGCGUCACUGGAGAACUGGGCAACUGGAUCUCGCCCAAUGACAUGGACCAGGCGAUUCUGGAACGAUUCCCGGGAUGCAUGAAGGGUCGAACCAUGUACGUGAUCCCGUUCAGCAUGGGUCCGGUCGGAUCUCCCCUCUCAAAAAUAGGAAUAGAGAUCACUGACUCGCCGUACGUCGUCUGCUCGAUGAGAGUAAUGACCAGAAUGGGAAGCAAAGUCUUGGAGGCCCUGGGAAACGACGAUUUCGUCAAGUGUCUGCACUGCGUUGGCGUUCCGAAACUGGACACGAAAAUCCCCGUGAUGUCCUCGUGGCCCUGCGAUCCGGAGAGGACCAUCAUCCUUCACAAACCAGCGAAGAACGAGAUCGUCUCUUACGGGAGCGGUUACGGUGGGAAUUCCUUGCUGGGGAAGAAGUGCUUCGCGCUGAGGAUUGGCUCGACGAUCGCGAAGAAAGAGGGCUGGCUCGCUGAGCACAUGCUUAUACUGGGUAUCACGAACCCGAAGGGUAAAAAGCGUUACAUCGCCGCCGCGUUCCCGAGUGCCUGCGGCAAGACGAACUUAGCCAUGAUGCAGCCGACCCUGCCGGGGUACAAGAUCGAGUGCGUGGGCGACGACAUCGCUUGGAUGAGAUUCGACCGUGAGGGCAAGCUCCGCGCCAUUAACCCCGAAAACGGUUUCUUCGGGGUCGCGCCGGGCACCAGUUUCGCUACGAACCCGAACGCCAUGAAGACUAUUUUCAAGGACACCAUCUUCACCAACGUGGCCGCCACCAGCGACGGAGGAGUCUUCUGGGAGGGAUUGGAGAAAGAAAUCAGUGACAACGUCGAGAUCACUGACUGGCGAGGCAAUAAGUGGACCAGGGGAUCCAAAGUGCCCGCUGCCCACCCUAAUUCUAGAUUCUGCACACCUGCGAAGCAAUGUCCUAUCAUUGAUCCCGCUUGGGAAGACCCGAUCGGUGUCCCCAUAGACGCUAUCCUAUUCGGCGGACGAAGACCCGAGGGUGUUCCUUUAAUCUAUCAGGCACGAAACUGGCAACACGGUGUCUUCAUCGGGGCUUCCAUGAGGUCGGAAGCUACCGCUGCUGCCGAGCACAAGGGCAAAGUGAUCAUGCACGACCCGUUCGCGAUGAGACCGUUCUUCGGCUACAACUUCGGCCACUAUCUCGAUCAUUGGCUGAGCAUGGCGAACGUAGAGAACGCCAAACUGCCAGCGAUAUUCCACGUGAAUUGGUUCAGAAAGGGGGAGAACGGGAGGUUCCUCUGGCCAGGAUUCGGCGAGAAUUCCCGCGUCCUGGAUUGGAUCCUCCGCAGGAUCGACGGCGAGGACAUCGCUGUAGAAUCUCCCAUCGGCCUUCUGCCGAGAUUCGAUUCCUUCAAUUUGGACAACAUGAAGGACCAGGUUGACAUGGACCAGCUGUUUAAACUGCCGAAGGACUUCUGGCUGAAAGAGAUCGAACAGCUCAGAGAGUACUUCGACGCGCAAGUCGGCGACGACUUGCCACAGGCUAUUCGCUCCGAACUCGAUGCCCUUGCCAGUAAAAUUGAUAAGUUUUAACCCUUUGCACUGGGAAGAUCUUCACUAGAAACAUUCGACACUUUCCGAUGAAACGUAGACAUUAUUUGAAAGCUAAUGAGAAAACAUACGUCAAUUAAGAGACAAAGAUAUUUUACAAAAAUGUUUCACAUAUUGAUAUACGAAACUUGAUAUUAUAUAUAACACUUUGUAAUUUUGUUGUAUCAAAUCGAAUGGUGACUGAGUCACCUCUCGAGUGUAAAGGGUUAAUCGAACCCUCAUAAUCAUUAUCAUUCUUCGAGAAUGGAAGUGGAUUUUAAGUAUGAGUACCUUUUAUUUCACAGUCACUUUGAAGUUCGAUUAUGAUGCUUGGAGAGAGCCAAGUAGGUUCGGUAAAUAAUUUCGUUGAUGAAUACAUUGAAAUCUAUUUAAAGGAACUGGAUAUGUAUUAGAUAAUCAUUCUAUAUGACACUGAGAAGUGAUGAUAGAACUCUGCAUUGAUUCGGAAUUGUAAUUUAAUGUUAAAAUCAUUAAUGCAUUACAAUGUUGUUCGCUAAAUCUUACUUUAUUAUUCAUUAUGAGAACAGUUUGCUGAUGCGAGAUUUUCUAAAUUAAUUGCUGGAGGUUUCAUCUUUAUCAACUGUAUCGUUAGGACAAGUAUUCAUGAAUGUUUCAAACAGUUUCUUUUUUAUGGAGAAGUGUGCAAGUGAGAGGUGAAUAAGAGUUGAUUCACUAAUUAUGUACAGAGAGACAUGUAUUUUGGAUAUUAUUUUCUCAAUAAAAUAUUAUGAAAAAUGA